AUGGAGUCCCUGAUGAUCAUUAUGAUGAGUAUCUACGGAUUGCUGAAACAACUGUCAUCCAAUGUUUAUAUCAACUUUUGUCGAUGUGUAAUUGAAGUGUUCGGGGCCCAAUAUUUAAGAAGACCUAAUGCUGCUGAUAUCCAACACUUACUUGAAAUGCAUGAGCAGAGACAUGGUUUCCCUGGAUCACGUAAUGAUAUCAAUGUGCUUAACGAAUCGCCAUUAUUCAACGACGUCUUACAAGGGAAUGCACCCAAGAAUGGGCUACUUUCGUCAAGAGCUCUGCCCCAGGAUCCCAAGAGAAAAAUAUUUAAGGAACGACAGGAGGUCGCGAGAAAGGAUGUUGAGAGGGUAUUUGGGGUGCUCCAAUCACGAUGGGCAAUGAUAAGAGGUCCAGGACGAUUUUGGUACAAGGAUAAUUUGAAGGACAUCAUGUAUACCUGUAUUAUUUUGCACAACAUGAUUAUUGAGAAUGAGGGAGAUGCAGUAGUCAAUUGGUCGGACGAUGAAGGAGAUCCUCAAUCACAAAUAUUUUAA